AUGGGCGGGCCAGUGCACCUCGCCAAGAAGCUCAAGCGAGCACCCACCUGGAGCGUGACAAUGGCGGACGCGAAGAUUAUGGUGGUGCUCGUCGUGGCCCUUGCUCUGCUCCAGGUCUCAUGCGCCGCUGACCGUGCGACGACGCCGACGCCGCCGCGGCCGACUUCGUCGACGACCAGCCGGCCGGCGGGGCUGCGCCACAAGAAGGCGCCCCACCACCACUCGGGCGGCCACCACGGCGGCGGCACCCCGGCCGUGAUGACGGCGAACGGGUUCAGGCGCGGCGAGAGCGGCGGCGGGCCGUCAGCGUGCGACGGCCACUUCCACAGCGACGGCGAGCUGAUCGUGGCGCUGUCCACGGAGUGGUUCGCGCGCGGGCGCCGGUGCCACAGGAGGAUCCGCAUCACGAGCGCGCGCCACGGGCGCACCGUGGAGGCGCGGGUCGUGGACGAGUGCGACUCCCGCCGCGGGUGCCGCCACAACAUCGUCGACUCGUCGCCGGCGGUGUGGAGGGCGCUCGGGCUCGACACCGACGUCGGCGAGGUGCACGUCACGUGGUCCGACGCCUGA